AGGGAGAACAGAUUACUCAUACAAAUUUUAAAAAUCUCGUUACAGAAAUUUUAUAAUUUCUAUUUUUUACAUUAUUUAGAUCGGUUUAUUUCAGUUAUUUUUUUUAAUAAGUUUAUAACAUAUUCUUCACUUUUUAAUCAACUUCAAAGAAGCACCUCAUUGACCAGAGUACAUAAAAACUAGGGAGGAGUAAGAACUAAGGAUGUCGAUGCUACCCUUUCCCCAUCUUUUAAGUUUCCAUUUUCUUACCUUUCUUACGCCGCGAUUCUGCUGCCACUUUACACAUAAUUAUAUAUAUACUUAUAUUUAUAUUUAUGUUAACAUUUUUUCAUAAACUUCAUUGACCUCCCUUAUUAUCAAUCAUGAAAUCAUUAAUCAAAAACCAACCUCUAACCAAAUUAUUUUUAAUCUCAUCUUCAUUAUGUGCAAUUUCUCUCUUCUUGUUUCUAACCAUACUACUCUUUACCACUUCAAAUAUACUAAUACUAAACAUUGGUAAUUCUUCACCACAACUUAGUACUGAAUCUAGUCCCACCACUAUUGAUCAUCUUAUAUUUGGAAUUGCUUCAAGUGGAAUAUCAUGGCCUAAAAGGAAAAAAUAUUCCAAACUUUGGUGGAACAAUAAAAAUAUGAAAGGCUGUGUUUUUGUAGAUACUCUUCCAGUCGAAGAAAAUGAUAUAAAAAUUAAUAUCGAUGAUGUUUCUUUACCGCCUCUUUGUGUUUCUGAAGACACUUCCAAUUUUCAUUACACGUAUAAACCAGGCGGAUUAAGAUCAGCAAUCCGCGUGGCGCGUGUCGUGAAAGAGACAGUUGAAUUGAACCAUUCUAAUGUUAGGUGGUAUGUGUUUGGUGAUGAUGACACAAUUUUCUUUCCCGAGAAUCUUGUUAAGACACUUUCUAAAUAUGAUCAUAGGAAUUGGUACUAUGUUGGUGCUUACUCUGAGAAUUAUGAAGCGUCUCAUGUUUUUGGUUUUGGAAUGGCUUUUGGUGGAAGUGGUUUUGCUUUAAGUGCUUCUUUAGCAAAUGUAUUGGCUAAGGUUUUUGAUUCAUGUAUUAGAAGAUAUUCUCAUCUUUAUGGAAGUGAUGCUAGAGUGUUCUCUUGCAUAACAGAACUUGGUGUUGGAUUAACAUAUGAACCAGGUUUUCAUCAGGUUGAUUUAAGAGGAAAUAUCUUUGGUUUAUUGGCUGCACAUCCAUUAAGUCCAUUGUUGUCCUUACAUCAUCCAGAUAUUACUGAUGCAAUCUUUCCUAACAUGACAAAUUCAAACUCACUUCAACAUUUAUUUGAAGCUGCAAAUGUUGAUUCUCAGAGAAUCCUACAACAAACAGUUUGCUAUGAAAGGCGAUUUUCGCAAACAAUUUCAAUCUCAUGGGGAUAUGCAGUUCAAUUAUUCCAAAACAAUGUUCUUUUGCCUGAUGUUCUUAGGGUGCAAGAAACAUUCAAGACAUGGAAAGAAAAUACUGUUAUGGCAGGAAUAUAUACUUUCAGCACAACAAAACUUCAUCAUGAUCCUUGUAAAAGACCAAACAUUUUUUAUCUAGACAAUGUAUCUUCUGAUAAAGAUGGUAUCAUUACUAGCAAUUAUAAGAAAUCUUUUCGAAAUUGUUCGUACGAUACGUCGAAGAAUCUUGAAGUGAUUAAAGUUGUCACAAAUAAGUUAGAUUUUGACAGUAAACAGUUGCAGGCUCCAAGAAGACAGUGUUGUGAUGUGUUGCCAUCUAACUCUGGUCACUUAAUGGAAAUUGCAAUUAGAGAGUGCAAAUAUGAAGAAUUGAUUUAUAUGCAUUGACAGAACAAAUGUAUAUGUCAAAUGUCUUACAAUAUGGUUAAGUAGAUUAAUUCUUGAAGAGCAUUGGGAGAAGUAAUUCCAAGUUUUAUAUAUGCUAGAAAUUAGCAAAGGGACUUAUUGAAGCUAUACCAAUGAUUUUUUUUCUUUCUUCCUUUCUGUUCAACCCAAGCUUGGAAGAUUGAGGAAUGCUUUGGACUUGAUGAAUUUCUAAGUGCACCUCAUUGGUUUAAUAAUGGAUAUCAGCAAGUUCAAUCUCUCUGGUUUUGUAUUGAUUAUAUAUUUAGAACUCUUGAUACAUUUAACGCAUAGCAAUGAAGGAAAGUUAUCCCAAGAAACAUUUUGAUUUUAAUGUA